AGUGAACGAAGACCGGACGAAGACUGAUAUUAGAGUUUAUGAAUUUCAUCUGGCCCUGUAAUUGGAACAAAUUGAGGUGAAAGUGUUGGAGAGUAAAACCGAAUUCAAUUUGCUUAGACCAGUCUACAAAUUACAUCAAAAUAAAUUUGUAAAAUGGCCCAUCAUCAUCGCAGACAAGAAAACCGUGCACUGCGGCAAGAGGCUAAACAGGAGAGGAAAGAAGAGAGACUUCACAACAGAGCAACAAAUCAACUAUUGAGAGGGAACGUAGGCAAGGCUAUGCAUCUGGAGGCCAAAGCUAACCAGGCUCAUCAUCGUGCUGAAGCAGCAGGAGCGAGGGCCGACGUCCAUCAUGCAUUGGGCCAUCCUCAUCACCAUCAUCAUCAUCACAGGCCACCUCCUCCAUGCGGUGCAAGUGUGACAGUAGUACAUCAUCAUGUCCCGCCUCCUGCCCCACCCGUCAAUUACCCGACUGGGACCCACGCUCCACCUCCAAACCCAGCACCAGGAUACCCAUCACCUGCUCCAGGCUAUCCCUCAGCACCGGCUCCAGGCUAUCCCUCAGCUCCAGCUCCUGGUUAUCCUGCUGCUGCUCCAGGCUACCCUGGAGCACCACCUCCAGCAUCUGGAUACCCAGCUCCUGCAUCUGGAGCCUACCCACCCUCUCAGGGGUAUCCAGGAACACAACCUCCAGCUUAUCCUGGUGGCAGUGCAUAUCCUAACCCAUACAGCAAGUAAAUGUGGUA